CUGGCUGUCAAACAGGAGUAUCACAACCCUUUGGUACCGCGGUUGUCCCCCAGUAAACGCCCUGGCUCCAGAGGCGUUGUUAUCACCAGUUGAACCUUGACAAUCAGACCAGGAUCAAUGGCGUUCCGGAAAGCCUUGAAAGGGACCGUUAUAAUAGGAACUGGGGCGGCCGCUGCUCUCCUGGGCCUGUCACAGCUGUCAGAAUACAGAAAGACUCAGAAUAAAUGGGCGCGGCUCGCUUAUGUAGCAGCGGAGGGGGAGUUACAGCAGCCGUUUAAAGAUGAACUCCCGACACGGCAGGCCCAGCUCUCCACCCUGCAGAACACAGAGGAAUUUGACGUCCUUGUCAUAGGGGGAGGGGCCACGGGCUCCGGAUGUGCCUUAGACGCUGUCACACGCAACCUUAAGACUGCCCUGGUGGAGAGGAAUGAUUUCUCAUCCGGGACCAGCAGCCGGAGCACCAAGCUCAUCCAUGGAGGAGUGCGCUACCUCCAAAAGGCCAUCAUGAAAUUAGAUUAUGAACAGUACAUGAUGGUGAAAGAGGCUCUUCACGAGCGCUCCAACCUGCUAGACAUCGCACCCCAUCUGUCUGCUCCACUACCCAUCAUGCUACCUGUUUACAAAUGGUGGCAGCUUCCGUACUACUGGGCUGGUAUAAAGAUGUACGACCUGGUGGCUGGAGUCCAGUGUCUGAAGAGCAGCUACGUCCUGAGUAAGAAGAAGGCCCUGGAGCUGUUCCCCAUGCUGAAGAAAGACAAGCUGGUGGGAGCCAUCGUUUACUAUGAUGGACAGCACAACGACGCUCGCAUGAACCUGGCGAUUGCCCUGACGGCAGCCAGACACGGAGCAGCCAUGGCGAACUACACAGAGGUGGUCCACCUGUUGAAGAAGACCGACGCCGGGACCGGAAAGGAGAAGGUCUGCGGGGCACGGUGCAGGGAUGUUGUCACAGGGAACGAAUUUGACGUCAGAGCCAAAUGUGUCAUCAACGCCACGGGGCCGUUCACUGACUCGCUGAGGAAAAUGGACGAUGUGAAGAAUGCUAACAUCUGCCAGCCCAGCGCCGGGGUCCACAUUGUCAUCCCUGGUUAUUACAGUCCUGACAACAUGGGUCUCCUGGACCCGGCCACCAGUGAUGGCCGUGUCAUCUUCUUCCUGCCCUGGGAGAAAAUGACCAUCGCCGGGACAACAGACACCCCCACCGAGGUCACCGCCCACCCAAUCCCUAUGGAGGAAGACAUCAACUUCAUCCUGAACGAAGUCCGCAACUACCUGAGCCCGGAUGUGGAGGUGAGGAGAGGAGACGUCCUGGCAGCCUGGAGCGGUAUCCGUCCUCUGGUCACUGACCCCAACUCCAAAGACACCCAGUCCAUCUGCAGGAACCACAUAGUUCACAUCAGUGACAGCGGACUGGUCACAAUUGCGGGUGGGAAGUGGACAACUUAUCGCUCUAUGGCAGAGGAGACUCUGGAUGCGGCGGUAUCGGCCCACGGACUCGGCGGUGGGCCCAGUAAAACUGUGGGCUUGAUGCUGGAGGGGGGCAAAGACUGGUCCCCAACCAUGUACAUCCGACUGGUGCAGGACUACGGGCUAGAGAAUGAGGUUGCCCAACACCUGGCAGCGACAUACGGCGGGAAAGCGUUUGAAGUGGCCAAGAUGGCCCGGGUCACUGGGAAGAGGUGGCCCAUUGUCGGAAAGAGACUCGUCUCGGAAUUCCCUUACAUUGAGAGUGAGGUACGUUAUGCCGUGAAGGAGUAUGCCUGCACGGCCAUUGACGUGAUUGCCAGGCGCACACGGCUGGGUUUCCUCAACGUGCAGGCAGCUGACGAGGCUCUCCCACGCAUCGUAGAGAUCAUGGGCAAGAUGCUGGACUGGAGCGAACAGAAACGAACGGAGGAGCUGGAAGCCGCCAAGAAGUUCCUGUACUUUGAGAUGGGCUACCGGUCCCGCUCUGAACAGCUGACCAAUACGUCUGAGAUCACGCUAGACACACAGGAAGUGGCCAGGUACACGAAACGCUUCCACAAGUUCGAUAAAGACAGUAAAGGCUUCAUCACCACAGUGGACGUCCAGAGGGUGUUGCAGAAUAUCGGCGUUCAGAUCGAUGAGAACGCUCUCCAUGAAAUUCUCAACGAGGUAGACCUCAAUAAGAACGGCCAGGUGGAACUGAAUGAGUUUUUGCAGCUAAUGAGUGCCGUGCAGAAGGGCCAGGUGUCUGACAACCGAUUGGCCAUCCUCAUGAAGACCGCUGAGGAGAGCCUGGACCUGAGGGGACCCGUGUCUGUGGACCGCAGCGGGGGAGGGGUCUAAGGGGAACCCAUCCGGACCGCCUCAACGAUCAGGACCGGGGUCCGUGGUAGGCCCAUUAGGUAACGGGUGGAUGUGAUGGACCGAUCAACCUGGUGUUUGGCGAUACGUCUUAUGGAAAUACAAGACUGUGGAUGAUGCACGUUUAAUUUUUUAUUUUUUUUAAUUUAAUGUACCAUAGAUGACUGUCUGUUUGGUAUUUUAUUGUGAAGUAAUGCAGUAGUUUGGUCGUAAGACAUUUCUACACUUUUUGUGUUGACAUUUUAAUCGAUUGAGGGAGUAUCUGGCCAGUUUUCCAUGACACUAUUCUCACUACUACAUCAAUGGGUUUGACAAUCAGUGCCUCUGACAUAAUGCUGUAAGUCAUGCUGUUUUUAUAAUGUCAUUGUUGAUUCACCCUUAUGCUCCUUUUAUAUAUAUAUUUUUUUUAUAUAAUUUUUAUUAUAAUAUUGUUCAGUCGUAUUGUUAUGUCUAAUGGCUCUCUUUAUUGUCACUAUCUACUUUGGAUGUAGUUUUUCUCUAGUUUUCAAAUACAAGACUGUGUAGUUUCCCGGUUCCUUGUUCUGCCUUGUAGUAUGGGGCCGGCAUUACAGUAACAUGCUGUUUAUUUCCAAUGAAGUUUCUCAUUUCCACGUCUUUGUUUUGUGACUUUGGUUACUGUAACUCAAUUCCUCACUGCAGUGCCAUUUUGUAAUAAGGCUUUUUUUCCUGGCUCACCGGCGACAGUCAUCUGUAUGGCUGUUGCCUGCUAGCAUACAUUAACUGGGUCUAUCUAAUGCACUUCAGUUACUGACUAAGGUUUACAACGUAUCCAGCUUUAUCAUUAGUCUUUAAAAGAUCUAGGCAGAAUGAUUAUUUUUUUUACUGCUGCUCUUAUUAAUAUAUUAUUCAAUAUGCAGUAUAUGUAAAGAUAUUUAUUCAUUUUCAUUUUAUUCACGUCAUCUUUACGUUAGGUAAAGAAUUUGAGGUAUGUUUCUGCUGAUAAGACAGUAAGUCUAAGAUAGAGGAUUCCAGACACAUUCCGGAAAUCUUCAGAAAAAUGUGCUGCCACAGCGUUUGUUAAUGAACUGAUUGUGUAACUGCCAAGCAGCGGUUACAUUUACGGGAAGUUACAGAACGUGCCUUUACGUAUGGAAUCAUUUCUCUUUUCGCUUUCUGUAUUUGUCUUGAGCACCUUGUAUUUCUCCUCAUAUUAAGUUAUUAUGCACAGCCACAGGGUGAGACAGUAGAAUGUAUGAUCUGUGCCUUGAUUUCAAACAAGGUAUUACAUCAUAUGAAUUUAUUCCUCUACAUUUGCCAUUUUUUUACACUGGAUCUAUCAAUAUUGCAGCUAAUGUAAAGCAUGUAAAGAAAUUCUAUAAAAUCUAUAAAAAAGGACAUUCUUUAUUUUAAAUACAUAAAAGGAACAUUUUAUAUUGUAAUCGGGUUCUGAAUGUAUUUGUCUUAGCAUGUUUGUAAUACAAUUUGUGUGUGUUCUUGUUUUGUCUAGGGGCUGAGAAAAUCAUUCCAGAGGUUCUCGCAGUGUAGUGUUACUGUAACUGAGCCAACCCGUCAGUCAAAUGAUUGGUUAUCUCAGGGGUGUGUUCAGUACAAUGCCAGGACAGUCUGGUCAACGUUAGCACAUGAAAUAUACCCACUGGGCAACUGGAUUUAAAUCCUGUGUUUCUGUGUUUGAUUGUGCCGGCUUGGAUGAAAUUUCAGCUUAAUCCCGAUUCCUCUUCUUUUAACAAACACUGUUCUGUAAGUUGAUCUCCAAAGCUUUUCCGAAACAAACUCCAGUUAUCUAAAUAAAUGUAUCUGGUUUCUAACAAAGUAUUGUUUUCUUUUGUUUUUCUCGCCUCUGUUUUUAUCCUGCUUACUGCUAUGAUUAUUUCUGGACAGAAGCUUGCAUGAUAACUCUCCCAUGGGGAUCUGGGUAUUAUGACUUAACACAAUACAGGAAACCGCUACAUGUUGAACUGUUUUCAGCCAAGGUGUACUGUACGUAACAUUAAGGUUAACACCCUCUUAACCCAUGUUGAACUUCUUAGCAGUGGUUUGUAGGGAUAUUUUCAUAAAAUUUUAUUUCACAUUAACCUGAUGAAGAGUAGACAGAACGUCUCAUGUGAUCACCUGUAUAUUAAUUGAGUGUUAAUUGAUAAAACAUUUAACCAGGACUCAUAUUAUUU